AUGAAGACGGCCGAAGGCGGAACGUCAUCCCCAAAAGAAGCUCAGGCACCAGCGGGAAAGGGGGCGCCGACGCCAACGGCGAAGGCGGAGGCGGAGACUCGCGCGGCAACGAAGGAAAAGAGGGAAACGCAUCCUAGCACAAGCGCGCCAGCAGGAGUGACAUCGGCGGCCUGGACGGAAUCGAAGGCGCCGCCUAAAGCUGCGUUAAUGCCUAAGUUCCCCACGCCACUAGCGAAGGCGGCACCGAAGGAUGUCGGUGUUAGGAAGGCGGAAGAGGGUAGUUCUUCAGGAGUUGCGGGUUACUCCAAGGCGAUUUCUGUUGCAGGCAAGGCCGCACCCGUGGGUGGUGCCCUUGGCCUGGGUGGGAAGGGAAUUCCGGUACCGUUAGCAAAAGCAGAAGUGAAGGACUCAGUUUCCACAGAGGCGAAAAAGGCUGCGCCAGCUACUCCGGGGACAUCGGAAGCCGGUGUGAAGGCGGCUGGAGGCGAGGAGAUGUCCCCGAAAGAAGCUCAGGCACCAGCGAGACAGGAUGCGCCGACGCCAAUGGCGAAGGCGGAGGCGGAGACUGGCGCUGCAGCGGAGGAAAAGAAGGAAACACCUCCUAGCACAAGCGCGCCAGCAGCAGCGAAAACAGCGGCCGGGACGGAAUCGAAGGCACCGCCUAAAGCUGCGUUAAUGCCUAAGGUCCCCACGCCACUAACGAAGGCGGCACCGAAGGAUGUCGGUGUUAAGAAGGCGGGCGAGGGUAGUUCUCCAGGGGCUGGCGAAUGA